AUCCAACUUGUAUGGGAUAAGAACGAGCACUGGAUCACGACACCCGUUCCGAAAUAACUCAGUGCACUCGGGCGGGAGGGAGAAAAGAAAACCGCGUGAUCUCGUGCGGCACACUGGUUGAAGAGUUUUUACUUUCAUCGUUAGAUGGCAGCACAAAAAACUUUUUGGGUUCUAGCCACGGAACACCGGUUCUAGCCUGUUAGCAUAUAAAGAGUCGUCAUAUACUCGAUUCUUCAGUUUGGAAUGCUCGAACUUACGCCUUACUGAAUUGUCUAUGGAAGAAAAAGUUGGGAAAGAAAAUAAAAAAUGGACCGAAGAGGAGCGAUUAGAGUUGGCAGCAAAACUAGAUUCAGAGCUCGACGAGUAUAUAAAUAGUUUGGAGAAAAAAUCCUAUACCGAAGGAUGGCCAGAGGAUCGUUGGCAAGAAGAAAUGGAAAAACAUCCAUUCUUCAUGAAAGAAGUGCCAAAGGCUGGAGAACCAGUUUCACCGCUUAUGGAGGGUUUACAACAACUAAAAUACAGUACCGAAGAUAAUACACCCGAAGAACUUGCCGUCAGUUAUAAAGAGGAUGGUAAUUACAAUUACAAGUACAAGAAUUAUCGCCUGGCGAUUCUGAGCUAUACGGAAGGAAUUAAAACAAAAUGCAAAGACAAUGCUCUGAUGGCACAACUUUACAACAAUAGAGCUGCUGCCAAUUUCAUGCUCCAAAAUUAUAGGUCAAGUUUAUACGACAGUGAACAUGCAAUGAAGCUAGACCCAAAAUAUUCAAAGGCACACAACAGAGCAGCAACGUGUUGUUUCCGGAUAAAAAACUACGAUAAAUGUAUCGAGCUUUGUGACAAAUAUCUGGAGCUGUAUUCACCAAGCAAACCAAUAUCGGUACUCAAGAGUCAAGCGAUAAUGGAACGAAAAAAAGAGCAGCGAAAUGUGAGGAUGCAGGAAGUGUUAUCGAAAAAAGCGGAAAAAGAGGAAGACAAAGUGAUGAGGAUAAUCCGUGAGAAAAAAAUUAAUGUCGAAAUCCCCGAAGGGAAAGAGGACUUUGAGCUUCGAGAUCUCGUGCCCCUGGUGCCUCAAUUGGCUCAGCACAGAGUUCGAUUGGAUAGAGCUGGUCGUUUGAUUUGGCCUGUUACGAUUCUCUAUCCCGAGACUCUACAAACUGAUUUCAUUCAGAAUUUCUACGAGGACACGCCAUUCAUGGAUCAGUUGGAAGACCUCUUUGAAGAACCACCCGAAUGGGAUCGUGAAAAACGUUACAUUCUUCCUAAUUUGAACGUAUAUUUUGAAGGUCCGAACAAAAGUUCCGUUCACAAAGUCGACGUCAGCCGACCUCUCAGUAGCAUCCUCGAACAUAAGAAAUUCGUUCUGCGCUGUGGUACACCUUCUUUCCUCAUUUUGAUCGCUUCUAGUGACGCGGAAAAGCGUUUUCUGGAUGCUUACAAGAGGACGUAGCGCCGGUCGCGAAAAAAUCAGCAGAAUAAACACUACGCAUAACCUCGUACUAUUCUGCAGUCGUUAAAUUUCGACUUUUGUUACUUUUCUAAAACGAGUUUGCCGUGUCCGAGACCGAUGAGGUGUGUUACAAUAUUUGUAGUCGCUUGAUUGUAAGCUUACUUGAAAUAUUGUUAACAGCUUAUUCAAUGAAUUGAAAAAUGUUGUUACUCCCCGCAAUAUUCGAGAGAACGGCGUAAAGAAUAAAUGUGAGAAAAAAAGUUUGACUCGAUUUUGCAAUAGUUUGAAAAUAUUGGAGAAUGGGCGACGAUACAAAAGGGGAGCGAUAUGAAUUAGCUGCGGUGCUCAGUUGGCAACUCCGAAUAUCGGCAAAGCGUAGUUUCGAGAGGGCGAAAGGGAGGAAGAUCGGAUGGGGUCAUUAGUUUCUCCGGUAAUUACAAUUCAGUCCAUCCAAUCGGAACUAGCUAGACGUGUCGCUGCUGGCGUUGCAUUUCGAGUUAAACCGGUGGCCCAAAUGCGAGAAAUGGAGAGGGAGGAAGAGAGAUAAUGAGAGACAGAAAUGGAGAUAUCGAGGCCGGUGGAUGCUUCUUCAUCAUUAAUUCUUCAUCGGACAGUUCUUCAAUAAUAUAACGGAUUCAACGACGAUUGUGUGAAAUGGGAUAAUCCGAAAAUGCACGAGAAACCUUUCGAAGCGAGGGAGGUUGAUUUUUUUCUGGAAUCUUGGCCGUAUGGGAUAAUUAAGGAGAAGUCGCCAAAGUUUCUCGACUUUGGGUAAAUGAAAUAGAGGCUCUAAAGAAAACCGCUAACUUUCAGAUGAAAGAGCGUUGGCAAAGGGCUGAGGGACGCGGGGAGAGCUUGGGAGAGUGAGCAAAUAGACGCAGAGAUGUUUGCGCACGUCACGGCGGGUGGACAUCGAUUGGCUAACUGCUUUCCUCUUUACGAUUUCUAUUUGUUUUUUUCCCUCUCUCUCCUUCUCUUUUUUAACUUUGUUUCGAGUGGGUACGCUGCCCCUCUAUGCUGCACUGCAACGCUUUAUCUAAUACGAGUGUCGAAAGCUUCGUCGAUACGUCCAACUGUCCAUAAAGUGAUGAUAUAAUUGGACGUAACUGUCGAUAUGGAAUAAAGGGGUUACAAGAGCAAGAGAGAUGAAGUGAAAGAGCAGCGACUCAGUUCCGUGAAAGCAGACGUCAGCUUUUCCGAAAAGCUUCCUGCGUUCUGGCUUUUAUCCCUCUGUACGAGAAAUUCGGAUCGAUUUCAGCCACACUAAUUAUCGGCGUUGAUGAUUGGUGGCGAGAAAUACAGUGAGGGAAGUAGAGAGGCAGCGAGAGAGGGUUUGAAAACGAAAGGAAGCUAAAUAGCUGCACAGUCAAUGUCGCUCGGAUGCUCAUACAUUAUUCUGCCCCCUGCCACAGAAUCCAUGAUUGCGGUGUGAAUGUCAAAGCCUCGAAUUUCUCUCAUUCCUGAGGUUGCUUUUAUGAAAAAAAAAAAAAAAACAUCUCAAAGCUAAUAUUUUCACUUGACUCAC